GGGGGACAGGCGCAAGGAGGGCGGAGCGCCGCGCGGAGCGGAGGGGCGGGGUCACGAACUCUGACCUCCCGGAGCCGGAGCCGCCGCCGACAAAUAACCCCCCAGGAGAGGCCGCCGGGAGCUGGGCCCGCCAGCACAGGAGUCUCCACAGAGUGAUUAUGCAUACGAGGUGUGAAGUGUAAUCUAGGUACCAUAGGAAAUUCUGGUGAUUAAAGAUCAUGGCAACCAUAGAGGAACUGGCCCAUCAAAUUAUUGAACAACAAAUGGGAGAGAUUGCGCAUUCCCAAGGAACUGUUACUCAAACACUAAUGGAUGGGACAACACAAAGAAUACAAAUUGUCCCAGCGGAUUCAGGUCUCUCUUUACCACAACGCAUACAAAUUGUCACAGAUCAGCAGACGGGCCAGAAGAUUCAGAUUGUUACUGCACUUGAUCAGAACACAGCAGGCAAGCAGUUCAUCUUAACAAAUCAUGAUGGCUCUACCCCAAGCAAGGUGAUCCUUGCCAGACAAGAUUCCACUCCAGGAAAGGUUUUCCUAACAACUCCAGAUGCUGCAGGUGUCAACCCACUUGUUUUUUGCAUCCCCCGUAUUUAUCUGCACAACCACAUCCAGAUUUUAACUGACAACACUUCCACUGAACAGACCCUAAAUAAAGUAUUUGAUCUCUGUGUCGUAUGUGGAGACAAAGCAUCAGGACGUCAUUAUGGAGCAGUAACAUGUGAGGGAUGCAAGGGAUUCUUUAAAAGAAGCAUACGAAAGAAUUUAGUUUAUUCAUGCCGAGGGGCAAAAGACUGUGUCAUUAACAAACAUCAUCGAAACCGAUGUCAGUACUGUAGGCUACAGAGAUGUAUCGCGUUUGGAAUGAAACAGGACUCUGUUCAGUGCGAGAGGAAACCAAUUGAAGUAUCACGAGAAAAAUCUUCAAAUUGUGCGGCUUCUACAGAAAAGAUCUACAUCCGAAAAGAUCUGCGCAGCCCACUUGCUGCAACUCCAACUUUUGUAACAGACAAUGAAACAGCAAGAUCAACAGGACUGCUAGAGUCAGGAAUGUUUGUAAAUAUUCAUCAGUCUGGAAUAAAAAGUGAGCCUACUGUGCUUAUGACACCAGAUAAGGUUGAGGCAUGUCAGGGGGAUUUAAGCACACUGGCAAAUGUGGUAACAUCAUUAGCAAAUCUCAGUAAGUCCAAAGACAUGUCUCAAAGUAGUGCUGAGCUGUCUAUGAUUGAAAGUUUAAGCAACGGAGAUGCAUCAUUGUCUGAACUUCAUCAAGAAGAACAAGCAAGUAGUGAUGUUACCAGGGCAUUUGAUACUCUUGCAAAAGCACUAAACCCAGGAGAGAGUGCAGCAUGUCAGAGCUCUGCAGAGACUGUUGAAGCCAAUGUACAUCUGAUUGGUGGAGAAACAAGCAUGAAUAUCGUUGAAAUAGAGGGGCCGCUUCUCAGCGAUGCACAUGUCGCUUUCAGGCUCACCAUGCCUUCUCCGAUGCCUGAAUACCUGAAUGUUCAUUACAUCUGUGAAUCAGCCUCCAGACUACUCUUUUUGUCCAUGCACUGGGCACGCUCCAUUCCUUCCUUCCAAGCUCUAGGGCAAGAUAACAGCAUAUCAUUAGUAAAAGCCUGCUGGAAUGAACUUUUUACACUUGGUCUUGCACAGUGUUCACAAGUGAUGAAUGUAGCAACUAUAUUAACUGCAUUUGUUAAUCACCUGCAUGGUAGCUUACAGCAAGAUAAGCUGUCUACAGAUAGAGGAAAACUAGUGAUGGAGCAUAUCUUCAAACUGCAAGAGUUCUGUAACAGUAUGGUUAAGCUUUGCCUAGAUGGCUAUGAAUAUGCUUAUCUGAAAGCAAUCGUCCUCUUCAGUCCUGAUCACCCAGGUCUAGAAAAUGUGAUACAGAUUGAAAAGUUUCAAGAAAAGGCUUACAUGGAGUUCCAAGAUUAUGUAACAAAAGUAUAUCCAGAUGAUACCUACAGGCUAUCUAGGCUUCUUCUCCGAUUGCCUGCCCUCAGACUGAUGAGUGCUACCAUCACAGAAGAGCUGUUCUUUGCAGGACUGAUUGGAAAUGUUCAGAUUGAUAGCAUCAUCCCAUAUAUCCUAAGAAUGGAGACAGCAGACUACAACUCUCAAAUUAUUGGUCAUUCUGUAUAAAGGUGGAAAACAAGGAUUCUGUGCCAUGGUGACGUAAAUGUACAUCACCAUGGCAGUCAUGGCAUACUGUCUCCAAGAGAUGGCAAGAAGUCUUCCCCAACAACUUUUAAAAAUUUAAAGAAGGCUAAAAUUUCUCCUUUCCUGUACAUUUGGGAAAUGCUGCAGAGUGUCUUGAGGGAUACAGGAUGACUUCCGUUUUUCAUCUGGUUUUCAAGGACUUGUAAAUUAUCUGGCAUUUAAUGAAAAUCAAAAAUUAUCCACCAUAUUUUUGUAGAUAGAUGAACCUGGAAUAUUGCUUAUGAAGUCCAAAAUGAAUAGGAAAAUCCAGCCUGGUGAAGAAGACUGUUGACUGAAUUAAGGUGUCACUACUUACUUUUAGAAAAAAAUAAAUUAACCUUCUUCUCUGAGUUGUGUUUUCAGUGUUUUGCUGUAAUUCAUUCUCACUGAUUCAAUGGAACAUGAUAGUCAGAAAUCCUAAAAAGGCAAAAAUAUUUCAAUUGAAGUGAGACCUUUGUAAUCAACUUCAUUUUUCUUUCAGCUACUUUGAAAAGAGCUGAAGUUCUUGUUUUAUGAAGCAGUUGGUACCAUGAAAAAGCCAGGGAAAUCAUAGAAAGCGUGCAGAUUUUUUUAAUAUUCUGUUGAUACCUCUAUGCAGCUGAUCAUAGUUCACCUCCAUUAUUGGCAGUAAGAUUGAUGCUAUUCUGGAUGUCAAGAGUUUAAUAUGUUUUAGUGUUGUGUAUUGGCAGAUACUAGCUAUUUGUAUUAUACAGUGGGGAAACUGACUAAGAAUAAACUAUUUUCCAAAAUAGUUUAUUACUAUAUCAGAUUUCUGUUGUAUUUUUCUAACUAAAUAAGUUUCUAGUACUGAUUGAGUCUAGAGUACACGUUGUUCUGUGCCUGGUGGGUCAUCAUUCUUCUAUUUAUCAUGACAUGAGGCCCCAUAAUGCAGGUUCUUCUGUUCUCUCUACCACAGUCUCUCCCUCCCCCAAGGUUUGAAUAAAUCGUUUUCACUUCUUGUAAUAUAAAUUCAUGCUUCUGAUCAGGAGCUGGGGUGAGCUGAGUUUUCUUAGUAGGGGUAAUCUUAAUAAAACAGAUAAAUGAAUAAAGGGAUUGUUUUAUUUUUAUAUUCAUUUUGUUCAUUUACCAGCAUUUAUUUUAACGGUUGCAGUUAUUGCACUUUGGUGUCUUACCGGCUUUUUUAAGGAAUGAAGCUUGCUUUGAAGUUUACGGCUGCUCAGAUAAAUGUACCAGGUUUAAUGAGUUUCAGCUCAAGCCCAUAACUUAUUUGUCUAAAUAGACACAUUUUUCUGAUCAACAGUGUCCACAGAUUCUCACAUCAUUGCCAUUCUGAUUGAUUGUUUUCGGUUUCAUGCCGUUGAAUAGCUUCUGCUCUCUGCAGUUAAAUUUUUCCAAGCUAUGUUGAUGUUGGGUAGAAGGCUGGCCAAUUUCAUUCCCAUUUUGUUACAGUCCGGUAACAUCCGUUGACCUACUACUGAAAAUUAAAAUCUGAAAAUUACUACAUCAUGGGCAUUAAAGGUAUUUUUAAAAAUUCUCUAGCUUGACAAGUUUUGGGGGGAUGUUCCCCACAACACAUACUUUAUUUAUAUUUAGCAUUCAGUCUUCACCAGUCUAACUAGUUUGCAUCUAGUCAAGACUUGUCAACCUAUGGUCUUUAUCAGCGAAUAAAGAAUGGCCUCUUUGCCAGCUAAAGGAUAAAAUUACUUUCAACAGGUUUAUGAUUUUCAAUUUUUUUCCUUAAAUCAAUUUUUAGUAUAAACAGUUUGAAUGGAAAAGUGAAUAGUUUUAUACAUUUCAAUUAAAGAUGGGAGCACUGUUCUAAAUAAUGAACUGAGUAGUUCAAAAAUAAUUUUUUCUUAAAAAUAUUUAUUGUACAGUGUGCUAGAUUUUUUCUUACUGGUAUAAUCCUGGUACAGCUUAUAGUUACAUUUUGAAUAGUUUCAAAAAAACUUCAUUGUAAUGUCAACUGCAUUACAAACCAAUCCUGUCCUCUUAGUACAUUUGUUCUGUGUCCUCUCUCUUCGGUAUCAUUGGAAGUCAUUUGUUUGCUUAUUCCAUCCCACAUCUACAUCUUCCUGGUAGUUCAGUUUUAAUGUAAGCAUCAGAAUGUUGCAGUGAUUGUCUUGCUGUUGUAUAAAAGCUACUGUAAAUGUCUUUGAAACUGACUAAAAUUGUAAAUUCUAUUUUGGCUGUAUUUUUAAAAUAAAUUGUAACUUUUUAUUAUAGAAUAACAAUUGCAA